AUGUCCGUGUCCGCAGAGGAAGUUGCCAAGCACAACACCGACAAGGACUGCUGGGUCAUCGUCGGUGACCAGGUGCUGGACGUCACGGAGUUUCUGUCGGAGCACCCUGGCGGUAAGAAGAGCAUCAUGAUGUUCGCCGGCAAGGAUGCCACCGAGGAGUUCGACAUGCUGCACGACCGCAAGGUCAUCAAGAAGUAUGGCCUGGAUGAGGGCACCGUGGUGCUGAAGGGCACCAUCAAGAACCCGAUGUCCGUGUCCGCGGAGGAAGUGGCAAAGCACAACACCGACAAGGACUGCUGGGUCAUCGUCGGGGAUCAGGUGCUGGACGAUGCCACUGAGGAGUUCGACAUGCUCCAUGACCGCAAGGUCAUCAAGAAGUACGGCCUGGACGAGGGCACCGUCGUGCUGAAGGGCACCAUCAAGAAGUGA